AUGCCCAGCCGCACGGCCCGUCUGCUCCCGGGCUGGGGAGCGCUCCCGCGCGGCGGCUCUGGGGCUGCUCGCCCCGCCCUCCACACGGGGCGCGCCCUGGGUCCUAUCGCCGCCGCGGCGACUCCCCCCUCCGCUACAGGUUCUUCGGCGCACGGGCCCCGGCUGUGCAGCGCGGCUCCACCGGCGCCGGCUCCGAGCGGGGCCCCGGCGCCUCACAAGGCAUCCGCACGAGCUUUGCGCUGCUUGCGUACAGUGCAACGCGGGGCUGGACCCUGCCGGCACGAAUGCUGCACUGGCUGUCCGGAGGAAGAGGACCUGAGCAACGGACUUCAACUUAUGAAUGGAUUUCUGCUGUUGAGGUCUAAACAACAACUGUCUCUGGCAGCUGAGCGAGAAUGGAUUCUGAAACAGAGUAAAAUGCAAGCAGAACUUAACUGGCAGCAGCUCUGUGAGAAUGCUGAAUGUAAUUGGUAUCAGAAAUCAGAGGAUCCAACACACAGCCUAUCUUCAUCAAGAGAGGAGGUUCAAGCUGAUCUACAGAAAACAGACUACAGGUUGCAUGAAGUGAAGAGUGUUCUUUCUGCUUUUACUGUUGAGAGAGAACAGACAAUACAAGCAUCGUUUAAUCACAGUAUUUCACCUGAAGGGGAGAAACAGAUAUUUCAGUAUGAUGAUGAAAGUUCUCUGUAUAAAUAUAUCCCUGCUUUGGAAAUAAAAAAGCUGCAGGAACAGAAUGCCAGCCUUCGGGCUGCUAUUGCACAAAUGAGGAAAGAAAUGGAGAGUCUUGAUGAGCAGAUGUUGUCUUCUCUUCCUCAAACAGAAGGCAGACAGCUUGCAGAGCAAGGUUCAUUAAACACAAACAAAAUUUCAACUGGAACCACACUGAGCAACAUCAAAGUCAGUUCAACUAAGUUGGAUUGUUUAGUAAACCCAGACACAGAAGAGGGGCCAGAACCCAAAGUUCUUGAAGAAAAUAUGGUCAAUUUUGGACAACAGCCAGCUGAUGUAGGUACUGGUAAUGGUUGUCAAUAUAGUGUCAAACACACUCUACAAGGAAUGCAAAAUAAACUCAAGGAAGCAGCAAGAAAAAUUUCAAUUCUGAGCCAAGAAAAGCGGCAGCUGAUUGAAAUGGGAAACAGACUCAGGGCAGAACUUGGAAUGGUGUUAAAGGAAGGAGUCUGGCAUCCUGUUAGCUCUAAAUACUGCACAGUUUGUGUUGCCUCUGGUAGUCUUCUUCCAAGAGAACUUGUCAAAAGAACACAGUGUCAGCUAUCAGUUCUAAAGCAUCUACAGCACAGACUCACAACACAGGAGCUGCAGUGCACAAGGCAACAGCAUCCUUCAAGGUUCUCUUCUCUUACUGCCUGCUCUAGCUUAAAGGAAGAAGAAGCUCCAAGCAGCUGUGGAGAAGAAACAGAAUUACCAUCCAGUGAGGUUUGGAUAGAUUUCUCUAUUGAAAAUCAUGGGCCAGAUACAUUCUCAGCAACAAAGGAAGAUACAACCACAGAGAUUGUUCAAACUCAGCUGCUCAGUCAGAGUCCUAGUCAUGUCCAACAGGUUCAGCUUUCUUCAUCUAGAAUGCAAAAUUUCUGUCAAAUUUUAGAUACGGGAUCAAGCCAUUCUCUACUCAGUCCUCGAAAGAACACCAGCCGAGGGGAGUUUGAAGUUGUACAUUCAAUCAAGCAAUCUGAAGAAUUUUGGCAAAAUGUCAAAGCCAAGGAUAAACUUGAAACAUCAGCUGAAGAUUUGACAGUCAGAGGAACAAGGCUGGAAGUUCAGCAGAAGUUAAAAUCCAGGAGUUUGUUUUGUGCUCAUCUAUUAAAACCAAAAAUCUCUUCCAGCAUGACAAAAAUCCGCAAUUAUAAUAUUAAAGACUGAUUUCUAUGUUGUCAGCAUGUUGUAGGUUCACACUUGCUAUGAACUUUUACUUUGACAUCUCUAUAUCAGGUCUAAUUAUCAGCCUCGGUUUUGUAUGUCAGGUUGAGAUAUUUGCAGCCAGAAGAGAGAACAAAUACCCUGUUUCAUACAGUGAAGCCUAAAAUAAAGGGUUAAUCUGUGUGCAUUA